AUAACAAGUUAGCCUAUCUUUUGAGACAAUAUUGCCCUGUCCCACCGUUUUUAGUUUAUCAUUCUGAGAACGAAGCUAUUCCGUGAUUCAGAGCUUUGUUCAUUCAGUAUUAAUAAUUUCAUCGUUUUUAUAAUCUUUUGUAAAAAGCAAUUAGUGAAAUUUUAUAAUUAAAUUAGAUAAAAUAGAACUAUGAACAAACCUUUUAUUAUAACCGCUGGUUUUGAAAAAGAUUGUGCAACAUUAAUCGAACGUUUUAAUAAAGCAAGCGAUAUAAGAUUUAAAAGUUUUUGUGAUAUUUGGAAAGAUUCCAAAUUUAGUUUAAUAUUUAAAGGAAAAGAACGUAUGGUUGAAUUAAUAGAGUUUUGUGAGGAGACAUUACAUUUAGUUAAAAAAUAUUUGUUUUUUGGUACAUUCAAAGAUCGCAUUUGUGGAUUAUACCUCUUAUAUGGAAUAUAUUUUAAAAUGCCAUGUUGUCAAUUUAAAAUUAGGAUUACACAAAGAGAAUGGCAAAUGAUCUUGGAAUUGCACAAUGAAAUUAGGGAGGGAGAACAUCAUGAUGCCAAUUACAUAUUAAGCAAACUUAUUGUCAAUAAUGCUUUUAUACAUUGUCUUUUUGAACAAGAGAUUAGUUUUGAAAAAAGCCUUAGAAAGAAAUAUUGUUAUCACAAUAAUUAUUCAGUUUCAUCGGCUAUUACAGAUGUUGUUGAAAAAGAUCUGAUAUUUGAAAAAAUAAAUAAACUUAGCAAAGCUUAUCAACAGAAGAAAUCCGAAGCAAUUUGCGAUAAUAAAAAUAGUUCAAGUUUAAAUUUAUUUAAUUCUAAGGUUGCUUCUGAAAUUGUAGAUGAAAUUUAUAAUUUAACUAGAAAUAAACAAUAUGAUAAAGAAAUGGAUCAAAGUGAAGCUUAAAAAAGAUAUAACUGAAUAUAAAGAUCUUUGCAAAGUGACCUACUUAAUUAACCUAGACUUUCAACUGGUCAUUGUCGUCAAAUCCAGCACUGUGUCCUGCAUUGCGUACAAUAAAACUUGUUCCAUCAUAAUGCAUGCGCCGUUCUCCUCGACGUACAAAUAAAUGAGAUGUUUGGCCCAAUGAUGCUGUGCAAUGUAAAAAAGGUGUUGUCAGGGACGCUGUUCCAUUGCUAGGCGACGUUCGUAGUUGAUAUUUAUUGCUGUUACGUGCAAUCCUGUUAAAUAUUAUAAUAAAUUUAUUACUGAGUUUUCAACACCUUCAUCCGUCAUCCAAUAUUGAGUAGCUCCAAGUGCUGUUACUGCUUCUUGCAAGCAUGACGAUCCGUGUCGCGAGCCAGAGUAAAAAACACUUAAGGAAAAGUCCUAAAAUGGUGUCGAAAUGAAGUGUAAUCGGAUGUAAUUACAAUCUUUACUUGUUUACAAGAUCGUUAAUCUAUUAUACUUGACUCAUAUCUGAAAACGAGUCAGUAGUAGUUCUGGUUCCUGCUGCAUCCACUAAAUAUACAAGAGCACAUUGUUCACAGAUAUAACUAACUUAUUAUUUCCAUGGGUAUCGUGAGCUAGAAUUUCAACGCGCGAUCCAUAUUGAUAUAUUCUUCCAUUUGGAUGUAAUAAUGCAGCAGCAGCUCCAGAACAGCUUAACGAAAGUACAAUAUUAUUCUGCACUGACAAAAAAAUAUAUUUAAGUAUUCUAUGAAUACUCUUUUCCAUUAUCACCAUAAUAUCAUUAUGAUACAGUGUUAAUGUAAGGAUAAUUAUAGAAUUACGAAAUAUAUACAUGCAGGAGAAU